GUGUUGCACUAACUCCACCCACAGUUAGACUGUAUAAAAACGUUUGUAUCUGAACUUCCCCCAGUUUUUUGUUUCUGCAAACACACUGAUCUGCAUUGGACAUUUAGAGCUAAAAAUGAGCAAAAACCAUUUGUCAAGGAAUGACGAGCUUCGCAGGGGAGACUACCUAAUGUCCAACAAUGGACAAUGGAAGGCACUUUUCCAGGAUGAUGGAAACUUUGUGAUCUAUGGCUGGAAGCCUGUGUGGGCCUCAGAUACCUGUGGGUCUGAUGCAGUCCGCCUGGUCAUGCAGGAGGAUUGUAACCUGGUCAUGUACAAUGAAUCUAACAGGCCUAAAUGGGCCGUCGACACAGACACACCUGGCUCUCAUGUUUGCCGUCUUCAACUAUCUGAUGAUGGGAAAUUGUGUUUGUAUAAAGAUGCCACAGAAUUGUGGAACUCCACCAUUUCCAAAGGGGAAAAGAAAUGAAAAAACACAAAAAAUUAAUAAAAAUCUUACAAGAAA